AGACCUCAAUUGCAUUACGAUUUAGAGAAGACAUGAUUAAUAUGUUAAAGCCAAAGACAAAGCUCACCAAAAAAUUACCAAUUACCAAUAUAGCUUCUGAAAAUAUAACUCUUGAAUAUGUAACUUCUGAAAAUGUAACUCCUGAAACUUCUAACAACAUAAUGGAUAAUCAGCGAAAAGAGAUUUCAAAGAAUAGACAUAGUGCUUCACCAAAAG